AUGCGAGGCAGCGCGGGCGCCCGCCAGAGCUGCUCCGCCGCCUCGGGCGCCCGGCGCGCGCGCGGCAGCUGCCACGAGCUGCCGUCCGGCGAGCAGGUGGGGCACGAUGCCGAGCUCUUGGAGGACACCGCCUUGGCCGUGGCCCCCCGCGUCGAUCGCAGCUACGCCCAGGUGGAAGACAUUGUGCAUUAA